UGCGACUGGUCUCUCUCUGCCUCUUUACACUCUUCUAAAUGUUUACACCGAUUCAAGGUUUUUCUAAGUGUGCGAGCCCUUAAAACAAAAAGCCUUUUUCUUCUCAAUUUCGUCCAUGGAAGUUGGUGUGUAACAACGUUAUCAGCGCGACAGUUCACCCGGGAGUUCUUGGCCGGCAAGGACCAUGCCGAUCAUGCCGAGCUCCGCCCUCCUGCUGAUUCUUGGCCUCCUGAUUGGUCUGAGCUGCUCCCUGAACCCAAGAGACCCGAAUGUGUGCAGCCUGUGGGAGAGCUUCACCACCUCAGUCAAAGAGUCCUACUUUCAUCCUUACGACCAUGUGACAGAGGAGCCCUGUGCGGACCCUCGGACCUCCUACAGAUGCAUGCGCCACAGGAUCACCUACAAGACGGCCUACAGGCAGGCGGUGAAGACAGACUAUCGCAAGAGGUACCAGUGCUGUCCAGGCUACUAUGAGAGCAGAGACAAGUGUGUCCCUCGCUGCACCAAGGAGUGUGUCCACGGCCGAUGUGUGGCUCCAGACCACUGCCAGUGCGAGGGAGGCUGGCGAGGAGACGACUGUUCCAGCGCCUGUGAUGACAAACACUGGGACUCGAGCUGCAAUCAGCAGUGCAAGUGUGAGAACGGAGCUCUCUGCGAUCCUGUGAAGGGGGCGUGUCAGUGUCUUCCAGGGUUCAUAGGACGCUACUGCGAGGAGUCGUGUCCAGCAGGCACCUUCGGGAAGGGCUGUCUGCAGAGGUGCAAGUGUGGCACUGGGGGCUCCUGCGAUAAAGCAACAGGAGAGUGCAUAUGUCGGGACGGAUUCACCGGGACAUUCUGUGAGAAGGCGUGUCCCAGGAAAUGCCAGGCACGAUGCCCCUGUCAGAAUGGUGGCAUCUGUAGGGGCAAAGGGAUCUGCGCUUGCCCCCCUGGGUGGACGGGUGCAGUUUGUACGGAGCGAUGUCCAGAGGGAAGGUUUGGACCAAACUGUGCUGAGGAGUGUGUUUGUCACAACAGGGGAAAAUGUGACCCUGAAACUGGACAGUGCCAGUGUGCUAAAGGUUUCACCGGUAACAGGUGUAACGAGGAGUGUGCUGCAGGCACUUAUGGCCAGGACUGUAAAGGUGUGUGUGACUGUGCAAAUGGCGCUCGCUGCUACAACAUUGAUGGGGGCUGUCUGUGUGAGCCGGGCUUCAGUGGUCCACACUGCAGAGACAGGAUGUGUGCAACUGGCAAAUACGGCAUGCACUGUGAACGUACAUGUCUGUGUCAGACCAAACACACACUCAGCUGCCAUCCAAUGAAAGGAGAGUGCACAUGCCAGCCGGGCUGGGCAGGAUUGUACUGUAAUGAGACGUGUGCUCAUGGUUUCUACGGUCACGGUUGCCUGGAGCCGUGUCUGUGUGUAAAUGGAGGGGUGUGUGAUAGCGCCACAGGCCGAUGUCAGUGUGCCCCGGGGUUCACGGGGGUUCACUGUGAGAGUCCAUGUAAAAGUGGGACCUACGGCAAAAACUGCUCCCUGGAGUGCUCCUGUAAAAACUUCAUCGACUGCUCACCAGCUGACGGGACGUGCUUCUGCAAAGAGGGCUGGCGAGGGCCGGACUGUUCCACCCCCUGCUCUGAGGGAACCUGGGGCCCAGGAUGCAACGCCACCUGCCACUGCGCCAACGGGGCAAAAUGUAACCCUGCAGAUGGAUCCUGCACCUGCACAGCCGGCUGGCAGGGGGCGCGCUGUGACCAACCAUGCCCCAUGGGCUCAUUUGGGCCAGCCUGCCUGAAGAGGUGUGAUUGUGUUCAUGCCGACGGCUGCCAGGCAACCACCGGGGAGUGCCACUGUCUGCCAGGAUGGUGGGGUUCCCGCUGCAGUGAGCCAUGUUCAGAGGGCUUGUGGGGGCGCCACUGUAACCAGACCUGUUUCAAGCAUUGUCCCAACAGUGACACAUGCUUGAGGGAAAACGGAGCGUGUGUGUGUCGUCCAGGCUACUGGGGAGUCACCUGCCAGAACAAAUGCAGAGCUGGUAUGUAUGGUGAGCAGUGCAGUAUGUCCUGCCCGUCCUGUGGACAGUCGUACCGCUGCCAUCAUGUGACAGGAGAGUGUGACUGCCUGCCUGGAUACACUGGACACAACUGUGAUCAAGUCUGCCCAGCGGGUUACUAUGGCAAACAGUGUUCUGAAGUGUGUGUUAAAUGUGCCAACAACUCCACAUGUGACCACCGGGACGGGCACUGUGAAUGUCUGCCUGGCUGGACUGCGACUGACUGCUCCAUACCCUGUAGUCCAGGACGUUUUGGCUCAUUCUGUACUCAGACCUGCUCCUGUCCGACCAACCUCAACUGUGACCGGUUUACUGGAGACUGUGUUUGUGAAAGUGGAGAUGACUGCAAACAAGAAUCGCCUGAGCAGUCAGGGAGCGUCAUGGUCCCUCUCCCUCCCGGUGAGAGGGAGUCGUGGGGGGCCAUCGGCGGCAUUGUCGUGCUCGUCAUUCUGGUGGUCUUGCUGCUGGCUCUGCUGCUGCUCUACCGCCGCAGGCAGAAGGACAAGCAGAACAACACGCCGACUGUCUCCUUUUCCACCAGCCGCACAGUCAACUCAGAAUACGCUGUUCCAGAUGUUCCUCACAGUUACCACCACUACUACUCCAACCCCAGCUACCACACACUGAGCCAGAACAGGCCUCCACUGCCACACCUCCCCAACAACCACGACCGCACUAUCAAGAAUACCAAUAACCAGCUGUUCUGCAGCGUGAAAAACAUGGAGCGGGAGAGGCGGGGUCUGUUUGGGGUCGAGAGCAACGCCACUCUGCCUGCAGACUGGAAACACCACGAGCCUCGCAAAGACACAGGAGCUUUUGGAAUCGAUCGGAGCUACAGCUACAGCGCCAGCCUCGGAAAAUAUUACAGCAAAGAGCUGAAGGACACGGUGGCGGCGAGCAGCAGCUCUCUGAACAGUGAGAACCCUUACGCCACCAUCAAAGACCUGCCAGGAUUGCCCUUCUGCCCCCCGGAGAGCAGCUACAUGGAGAUGAAGUCGGCCGUGCCCAGGGAGCGAGCAUACACUGAAAUCAGCCCGCCGCCGUUCAACACGGGCACCUUACACAGAGAGCGUCAGAGCUCCCUCGGUCACGCUCCACACGAGGACCCACAGAGCCACUAUGACCUCCCUGUGAACAGCCACAUCCCGGGACACUACGACCUGCCACCAGUCCGCCGGCCCCCCUCCCCUUCCCCCUCCCCCAGGAGAUCACCUCAGUGAUCAAGUUUCCCUCCUCUUCCUCCUCCUCCUCCUCCUCCUCCUCCUCACUUUGGGGAUGAUUUCUGGCCUGUGCUCGCAAAGAAAGAGCAAACUUGAUGCUCUUCUCCGACAAUCAGAGCUGUAGACCACCCACAGAGCGGCAGCAGCGAGGCCCCUGUCCCGCUGAGGAACUAUUGUUUACUGUGGAUGGCCCCCUCCGUUUCCAACUCAACACUGCCCCUCUGUGGGCUAACGUGGUACUUGCUUCACCGUGACAGACUUGUCAUCCAGAUUGUGGAGCCAGCAGGCUGCGGUGAGGAAGGCUGGACUGUGGCGACGCCAGCGGGGCUUCAGCUGCAUUCAAAUCCCAUGGGAAAGAAAAUACACCAAAAGACUUCACGGUUAAAAGCAGCAACUAAGGGAAUGUUUAUGUGUUUGAACUCAUCUAAACAUGCUGUAAUUGAAGUUUUCCACUUAUUUUGCUUGCUACUGAUCAGAUGUUGUGCACAUGUAAAGGCCCUUUGAUCAGAAGACAAACUUUGACAAAUGUUGUCAUUGAAUUUUUUUAUUUUUAUUUUAACAGGCAGCUUUGGAUGAGCUCAUCUCAGCUGGACUUUGUUUUGAUCUACUCUUUAUAAAACCCUGUCAAAGUUAAAAAAAUAUAUAUAUAUAUCAUCAAUGUCAUGGGACAUUUUUAAUGAUGCAUUUGAGUCCAUGUUUUACAGCAAACUGAAUAUUGGAAAAAAUUAUCUGCCAGUGUUUCAGUUUUUUCAACCUAAAACCAAAAAGUCAAGUUUGUUUCACCAAAAUAUCCAUGUUUGUUUACCACCAAAGAGCCAAGAACAACUUUUGUUUAAAAAAGGAAAAAUCCUUAUCACCGUUUUUUCCAAAUAUGGCCUUUGAAGACACAAGUAUACCAGUGUGGCUCACUUACUGCUGCUGUCAGAGAAAAACUUUGUAAAUAUAGAAAUAAAUAUAUUGUCAGCGUCACAGUAAUGUCAAAGAACAGCCCUAUUCUAAGAUGAAUAUGUUGUUUGGGGGGUUUGUGGGACUGAAGAUACAUUACAUUUACAGAAAGUCACCAAAAGGACAGUGUGUAAACACAUACUGUUUAUGAUGUGAAAAACAAACCAUCGUCAAACUGGGAAGAAGAAACCAAAUCAAAGCAGCGUUAUGAAUGUUAAUACAGAAUUCCACAGCAGCAAGUUUUGUCUCUGUCUGUUUAAAGGACCUGUUCACCCACAUUAUCACUUUAUUCAUGUUGAUGGUUUUGACACAGCUGUCUCUGAGAUAACUUCACCAUGAACAGUUUGUACUGGAACUAUCUUGUACCAAAAAAAAAAAACAUCAAGAAAAAACAACCUGUCAAUUUUAAAAAAAAAAGAGCUUCAAGGCUGUGAGCUCCAUAAAGGAAAUUCCAUUCACCUGGAAACCUGCGUAAAAACCUACAUGAAAUAAAACCAAAACUAUCUGAAUGACUAGAUACUGCUAAAUGAAAAAUGUGUAAUAAGCCUGAAUUGACCCUUUAAUCAGUUUGUCACCAUUUCUUUAUUCUUUUUUGUCAGUCAAGGUGUCGUUUUGCCUCGAAAUGAUUUUAGAAACGUUAUAAGGUUUAAUUGUUUACUGAUGUCUGUCAAUACUGAACCGAAGGUCCGUCAUCCUGCCAGCUACAUGACAGAAACCCUGUGUACCAGAGAGAAUGUACAUUGUGCUUUAAAUGCUAUAGUUUUGGGUAGAGCUUCAGCUUUUUUUUCUAAACAUAUGAUCAUAUAUUUUUGAAUGUAACCAUGGGAACAUGUUGUGUAUAAUAAUGUAAAUAAAAAUGACUGCACUUUU